UCUUUUCUCACUCAUAAAACUUGGUCCCCAAGCACAGUCACCUAUAAACAGCCCACAAAUCGUCCCCCCAUUCUCCAUGUAAACGCAAAACUCUUUCUUCUGUCUCCUACCCCUGCCUCAUAGCCUCAGCUUCUGCCCCAAAUUCACAUCUUUUCCUUCCACAAAUCAAACCUCCAUCGCCAACAAAGCCCAAGCCCUUUGAACUCAUUCUACCUUCCUUAAAAACACAAAAUCCCCAAAUUCACAUCACUCAUUCCCUUCCAUUCCACGCCACAAAACAAUGGCCACCCCCACCCUCAUAGGCCCACCUGAACUCUACAAUCCCUACCCCACCCAAACCCCAGCCCCAACCCCAACCCCAACCCCAACCCAACCCCAAACAGUCACAAGAACCACUCCAAUUGACCCUUUCAUAGAUCAAAUGGUGGUCAAAUUCAACACCAUGUCAUCCCCACCACCCCCAAACAUGACCCUAACAGAAAACAUGUCUCCCACAUUCUUCACAACGGGAAAUCCAUGUCUGGACUUCUUCUUCCACGUGGUCCCCGACACCCCACCAGAGACUAUCCUCCAAAGACUCGAACUUGCCUGGGCCCUCAACCCCCUUACCGCCCUCAAACUCGUCUGCAACCUCCGCGGUGUCCGCGGCACUGGCAAGUCCGACCGUCAGAGCUUCUACCCCGCCGCCCUCUGGCUCCACCGCCGUCACCCCAAAACCCUCGCUGCCAACGUCUCCUCCCUCGCCGAAUUUGGAUACUUUAAGGAUCUCCCUGAGAUCCUCUACCUCCUUCUAGAAGGAUCCGAUGCCCGCAAGGUCCAAAAAGAAGCGUGGCAGAAUCGCAAGAGAGGGGCUCACAAUAACAAAAAGAAAAACCCUAGGACCCAGAAGAUGCAGAAGGUGAAAACGAAAUCUUUGGCCCAAAGGGUCAACGUAGAAAAGGAAAAGGAGUCUUCCGAGAAGGAGAUUGCGCAUGUUGCCAGAGAAGAGAAAAGGGUUGCACUGGCGAAGAAGCUUGUUGAACGUUAUGCAAAAGACCCAGAUUUUCGUUUCCUUCACGAUCGUGUCUCUGAUUACUUUGCUGAGUGUCUGAGGAAGGAUCACGAGUUUUUGAAAUCUGGGCUGGUGACAAAAGUCAGUCUUGCGGCGAAAUGGUGUCCCUCUGUCGAUUCCUCUUUCGAUCGUCACACGUUGUUGUGUGAAACUAUUGGCAAGAGGGUUUUUCCUCGUGAUGAGUAUAAGGAGUAUGAGGGGGUUGAGGAGGCUUAUUAUGCUUACAGGGUUCGCGAUCGGUUGAGGAAGGAGGUGUUGGUGCCUUUGAGGAAGGUGUUGGAGUUGCCUGAGGUGUUUAUAGGAGCAAAUCGUUGGGAUUUGAUUCCUUAUAAUAGGGUUGCUUCUGUUGCUAUGAAAUUUUAUAAAGAGAAGUUUUUGAAGCAUGAUAAGGAGAGGUUUGAGGCUUACUUGGAGGAUGUGAAGUCAGGGAAGAGUACCAUUGCUGCUGGUGCUCUGCUUCCCCAUCAGAUUAUAGGGUCUUUGGAUGAUGGGGAUGGUGGGGAUGUGGCUGAGUUGCAAUGGAAGAGGAUUGUGGAUGAUUUGUUGAAGAAGGGGAAGAUGAAGAAUUGUUUGGCUGUUUGUGACGUGUCUGGGAGUAUGAGUGGGGUCCCCAUGGAGGUUUCUGUCGCAUUGGGGUUGUUGGUGUCUGAGUUGUGUGAGGAGCCUUGGAAGGGGAAGGUUGUAACUUUCAGUGAAAACCCUCAGCUUCAUUUGAUUGAAGGGGAUGAUCUCGGGUCCAAGACUGAAUUUAUUAGGAACAUGGAGUGGGGGAUGAACACUGAUUUUCAGAAGGUGUUUGAUCUCUUGUUGGAGGUGGCUGUGAGUGGGAAUCUGAAGCCUGAUCAGAUGAUCAAGAGGUUGUUUGUGUUUAGUGACAUGGAGUUUGAUCAAGCAUCAGCAAACCCUUGGGAGACAGAUUACCAAGCAAUCACUAGAAAGUUUGGUGAGAAAGGGUUUGGUGAUGCAGUGCCUCAGAUAGUCUUUUGGAAUCUGAGAGACUCAAAGGCUACCCCAGUGCCAGCCACUCAGAAAGGAGUGGCACUGCUUAGUGGGUUUUCUAAGAAUUUGCUGACACUGUUCUUGGAUAAGGAGGGGGAGCUGAGCCCUGAAGAAGCCAUGGAAGCAGCUAUUUCUGGCCCAGAAUAUCAGAAACUAGUUGUGCUGGAUUAAUUAGCUACUGUGGCGAGGGUUUUCUUUUUCUUUUUCUCCGAUGCUAACUAAAUAAUUAAAGAAAUGAAAAUACAGCAUAUUUGAUACACUU